UAGUUUUGGUUAAAAUAUUCGACUUUCGCUUCUUCUACACGAGAAAUCCAAAACUAGGUUUUCAUAAUUAGGUUGAUGAACUAUUUAUUUUGCUCUGUUUCAUUGCGUAGACAUGCCAAUUUGGCUAUAGUUCAACAAUUUGGCAUCAUUUGAAGUGAUUAGCUUUCUGUAGAGGCUUCAAACACCAUAAAAUUGGUGAUAAAGUUUCUUAGGUUUUUUCCCCCUUCUUGUUUUUUAAUGGUCCAAGUGAAGCAUUAGUGAGUAGUGAUUUUUUGUCCAUUUUUUAGAUUUCCAAAGCGAAAUCUAGAUAAAGGAUGGCCCUUUUAGGUAUGGCAAUGGAAUUAUUGUAAUUUGAUUGAAGUAAUUUAAAAUAUGUAUCUGUAAAUGUGUUCUGCCAGAUUGAAAAGGUCAUCUCUACACUGACCGUUGAUUCCCUUACAGUUUCGUGCAUUCGGGUCCCACUUCGCAUUCUCCCAUAGCCAAUGGAUUUGAUUCCCCUUACAACACUGGGAAAUGUGAAUUUGGGAAUAGAACUCCCAAUGCAAUUGAAAAAUAGCGAGCUAUGUGAACUCUCUAGCCCCUACGCAAUGUCCACAUUGCUAGGCCCACUAUGUAUCAAACUGUGAAAGAGAUGAUUGGCAAGAUGGGCUAUACAUUGAAAUUUGUUCAAGUCACAAAGAGAGUACAUGAAGCAUAUUUUGCUCAAUUAUGCCUCACGAAGUUGGAUAAUGAAGCCGAGAGUAUCAGCUUUGACCUUCGGCCUUCGGACGCCAUUAACGUUGCAGUGAGAUUCAAGUUGAAUUGGCAACUGAGAAUGCAAUUGGGGGUCUUUAGGGCCUUCAUGGAAAGUGAUGCCCUCUCUAUGACCGUUGGGCGAUCUCUCGGUAGUGAUCCUUAUGGCGGGAGGCUCAAAAGAAAUUUCUUUGUAUCUUGGUUGUAUAUUCUUGUUAUGUGAA